CAACUAUUGGCCACUGACCUUGCGGUGACAUUGUUGGGUUCAUCAAAGAGUUUCCUUCACAAUAGUCCUCUGGCUACUGAAAGUUGCAAAGUUUCUCAACAGGACGAUGGCGUUAAAUAAAUUGAGCAUCGAAAAUGUUGAUCUGAACGGCAAACGAGUACUUAUGCGUGUCGAUUUCAACGUGCCAAUCAAGGAUGGGAAAAUCACGAGCAACCAACGUAUUGUUGCAGCACUGGACAGCGUUAAAUAUGCGCUAAAUAAAGGAGCAAAAUCUGUGGUACUUAUGUCUCAUCUUGGCCGACCGGAUGGAAAUAAAAAUCCAAAGUAUACCCUAGCUCCAGUUGCGGUAGAACUGAAGAAUCUCCUUGGAAAAGAUGUAUUAUUCCUGAAUGAUUGUGUUGGCCCAGAAGUAGAAGCCGCAUGCAAGGAUCCAGCACCGGGAUCGGUUAUUCUUUUGGAAAAUCUUCGAUUCUACAUAGAGGAAGAAGGCAAAGGUGUAGAUGCUUCUGGGGCGAAGCAGAAAGCCAAUCCAGAAAAGGUUAAAGAAUUCCGUGAAAGUUUGAAGAAACUGGGCGAUGUAUAUAUCAACGAUGCAUUCGGUACAGCUCAUCGUGCUCAUAGCUCGAUGAUGGGUGAAGGAUUCGAGAAACGAGCAGCAGGUUUGCUACUAACAAAAGAACUCAAAUAUUUCUCACAGGCCCUACAUAAUCCCCCGCGACCAUUCCUGGCAAUUCUCGGUGGCGCCAAAGUCGCCGACAAAAUUCAGUUGAUUGAAAAUAUGUUAGACAAAGUAAACGAGAUGAUAAUCGGCGGUGGAAUGGCUUUCACAUUCCUCAAAGUUCUGAAUGGAAUGAAAAUUGGGUCGUCGCUGUUCGAUGAAGAAGGCGCUAAAAUUGUGCAGAACCUCGUGGACAAAGCGAAAAAGAAUAAUGUACAAUUGCAUUUGCCUGUAGACUUCGUGACCGGCGAUAAAUUUUCCGAAGAUGCAAAAGUAGGAGAAGCCACUGUGGAAGGUGGAAUUCCGGAUGGAUGUAUGGGCCUAGAUAUUGGACCAAAAACACGUGAGGCCUUCGCUGCCCCCAUUGCGCGAGCUAAACUGAUUGUCUGGAAUGGCCCUCCAGGUGUUUUUGAGUUCGCUAACUUUGCAAAUGGAACAAAAGCAAUGAUGGACGGCAUUGUCAACACCACGAAAAACGGAACGGUUACAAUAAUUGGCGGAGGAGACACAGCCUCAUGCUGCGCAAAGUGGAAUACGGAAAGCUUAGUUUCCCACGUCUCCACCGGGGGUGGAGCAUCUCUUGAGCUUCUGGAAGGAAAGAAUUUACCCGGUGUCGCCGCUUUGAGCGAUAACUAAACAGCAAAGGCGAAUGUAUGACAUAUUAGAUGUAAAAAUGUUGAAGAUUAAAUAUCUAUUCUGCCACUAGAAGCACACAAGUAGUUCAGUUCAUAAUACAUUUACGAUUGGAGUUGCAAAAUAUGUUUAUCAAAUAUAUUCCAAAAAUUAUUGAAAAUAAUUGGCAAUAUUCGUAUUUGUUCUGCUUAAUUUGUAAAGUUAUGGUGGAGAUAAAACUGAAACUUCACUGCCUCAAAAUCAUUUGAAUAAAUUGUUACGAACUUUGGUAGUGGUACGAGAA